AUGGUGGAUUUUCGACGUAAAUCAAGUCGUACAUGGCCCCGACAGCACGGCAACCUCGACGGAGCGGCAAACAUUGCUGGGGCAGGACAGAUACCGGAUUUCCUCGGAGAGCUGAGCGACCAGGAGCUUGACAGUAUGAUCAACAUGAACCUGCAAGGGCACUUUAGCUGCAUCAGAGCCAUGUUGCCGCACCUGAACCGUGAGAGCAGUGUUGUCUGCGUCACCUCUGGCACGGGCCUAUACGGCAUGCCUGGAGCCGCAGCGAAGGAAUACGGCUUCAGAGGUAUCCGCUUCAAUGCUGUGGCGCCGGGAUUGAUCGACACUCCAGCAGUUCACAACGCUGGAGGACUUGAGACUUUUCAGCCUCUCGUUGAUGCUACAGCCCUCCAACGGAUUGGAAAGCCGACUGAGAUCGCUCACGUUGUCGCCUUUCUUCUGAGCGAAGAGUCCAGCUUCAUUGAUGGCGAGGUCAUCAGUGCUGAUGGCGGCUUCAGAUGCUGA